AUGCCAAAGAAUAAGAUACGAGGAAGGGACAGUCAUUCAUCCUGUGCGGGUCCUUACGAAAGGCCGCAGGAGGAGAGUGGUCGUGGAGCUAACGGUCCGGGUGACUACCAUUCAUCUCAGGGAAGUGGCUGGGGUCAUGAAGCUCGAGUCGGAGGACACAACUCCUAUGAAGGUCCUGGUCGUGCUGCUAACCCAGCACUUCGGUUUGGUGGUGCAAAUGACCAGGGCUUCCAUGCAGCCGAGAGAUAUGAUACCUAUGGCCGAGAACACGAGUAUUCCCACUUCGACAAGUCUCAACAGGGGAUCAACGAUGGGAUGGACAGGAUUGUCAUGAUUAUCAGGAAUAUGAUGGCCCUCGAUACUGAGAUCAUGUAUAGAAUGAGGAAGAUGUCUAUAGGCAUGUCAUUUGACACUCGGUAG